UAAAAACCGGAAGUCAGCCAUUUUCUUGCACCGAAACGGUGGAAACUAAUGUAAAACUUAAAUAUUUUUAACAGUUAGUCGUUCAUUGGGAAGUCAAAACUUUGUUAGAAAUGUUGAUUACAAUUAAAACAUUGCAACAGCAUACAUGGAAGGUCGAAGUUGUUGGGGAGACGAAAAUAAAAGAUCUUAAAGAACAAAUCGAACAAUUGAAGGGAAAAGAGUACUCAGCAGCAUGUCAGAAAUUAAUAUUCGCUGGUAAAGUUAUGGAAGAUGAAAAGACUGUGGCUGAUUAUAAGAUUGAAGAAAAGGGAUUCGUCGUUCUGAUGAUGACCAAAGUACGACCUUCACCUGCUUCUGCUAAACCAGCCGAAGAUGAAGCUAGCACCUCCGCGGCAGUUGAAGAGGCCGAAACGAAACAAGAAGAAAAACCGAAAGAAACUGAGACACCGCCAGUAUCAACUGUACCUACAGCAGCAACAGAGACAUUAUCAUCCUCUGCGAGAACUGAAACAGAGCCAGAGGCGUCACCUGGACAAAUAACCAGCGGAGCGAAUUUGCUGGUAACCGGAUCAGAUUUUGAAAGAAUGGUAACAGAAAUCAUGGGUAUGGGAUUUGAAAGAGAUCAAGUAGAAAGAGCUAUGCGAGCCAGUUUCAAUAACCCCGAUAGAGCUGUUGAAUAUUUAUUUAACGGAAUACCUGAUGUUGGUUCCACUGAGGCAGCUCCGACUCUACCCUCGCAAAGUUCUUCCAGCACAGCUCAAGAAACUCCUGCGACCCCAAGUCAGCCAGCUGAUGGACCCACUGCACCUUCUGAUGCUUUACAGUUCCUUCGAAGUCAGCCGCAGUUUCGUCAGAUGAGACAUGUAAUCCGCGACAAUCCGAAUUUAUUGCAACCAUUACUUCAACAAAUACGACAAACAAAUCCAGAUUUGUUUCGAAUGAUACAGGAAAAUCAGGAGGAAUUUGUAGCUAUGCUCAACAGUGAAGAUGAAGCCGGUGCGGGUGCAGGAGGGACUGGUAAUGUGAGUGGCAAUAGUUCUGAUCAACCUGGAUACAUACAAGUGUCCCAGGAAGAUAAACAAGCCAUUGAUAGGUUAAAGGCGCUUGGUUUUCCUGAAAGUCUUGUUGUACAAGCUUAUUUUGCUUGUGAAAAAAAUGAGCAACUAGCUGCGAACUUUCUUCUUAGUCAAAACGAUGGUGACGACGAUAUGCAAAGUUGAAGCAUUCUGAUAUUGCAUUAAUCAGACUUGAAGAUAUGUUUGCUUUAAGUUGCAUGGUAAAUAUAUAAAUAUAACGUAUAAGUAAGUUUCGGAGCAAAACAUUUGUCUUUGUAAAGUAUUUGCAAUAUGUGUUAUGAAAUAAUUGUUUUAAAAAUUCCAACAAAGAAGAGUUUAUGAGAAAUUUCUUUCUGAUAUGUCACAUUGAAGUCUUAUAUUUUCAAACUUGACUAAAUAGACUCAACUUUGAUUUAAGUCAAACCCCGAGUCAGUAAGGAAAAGAUGAAAUGUUUACUUUAUACAUUUCUUCCAAAGAGUAGUAUUUUCAAGAAGUUUUGUACAACAAAGAUGGAAAACUAGUAAAAAAACUUUAUUGAAGUAUCAAAUAGGAAGCAAAUGGUCAUCUCUUUCAAUAUCUUCGCUUUUUUCUAAUUGUUCAUCACCAAUACCUCUGUAAUAGUUACUUUGUGGCUGUUUUCGUCGACAGAUUAGAUUACAACCAUCCGCUUGCAAAUUACCAAAAUCUGUCCAAAACUCAUAAUUUGGCAUUUGAUCCCAUCCCUUAGCUCCAGCAAUACAACGUCGAUAUAAAACGCCACACAAAAUAUAGAGUAUACCAAGUGAAAACAGAAUAAGUACUAAAAUGAGUCCAACACUGAAACUUUUAGCUGAGCAUAAUGAUUGAUGCUGGAAUUCAAAUAGAAAGUAACAACGAUUAGUGUUCUCACGAACUUCUCGAAUCAUCUUAACACGACCCUGAAAAUUCGAAAUAUUAAUUUAAACUAUUUUUUUUUACCAAAUAUACCUCUUUUUCAUUUUCAUUGCAAAUAAACAUAAUGAUAGAACGCUUUCUUCCCUCUGAACAGACAUCCGAAAGGUGUUCAUCUCCAUUUUGAUAUUCCAAGUAAGCCCAAUUAUCUAAUUGAAAGGAAAUGUUGAAAAUUUUUCAAAUGAGGUAAUUACAAUAAGACCUCCAUAGAUAAAAAUUGAACUGUUAAUUUUUCCAAGAUCGAUCGUAUUUAUUCCUUUUGUUUGCAAAAUUCCUGUGUCAUCUGCAUUUACACUUUUACAUAUUCCUACUUGAUAUGUAUAUCCUUUGUCAGUGGUUUUGUAUCUAAGUAUAAAGUAUAUAUAAAAUUAGUUGAAAAGAUGUUAGGUAACUAUACAUUUCAUUAAAUUGACCCAGUUUGUUGAAAAACUUAGAAUGGUGGUUUUCAUCAGCAAACUGACACUUUGAAAAAACGAUUGGAAUCAAAACACAGCAAGUGAUAAUUUUCAAAUGAAACAUGUUAGGGGUGUUUGAGUAUUGAAAGAUUUUCACCAUCUACCGGAAGCUUCACGAGACAGGAAAUGGAAAAAAUAUAUAAUUUUUUCGUAUUUUAUAAUAAAUAGUAUGCGAAUUUUCUGCUUUAAUCUACUUUUAAAAAUAUUUAUUUCAUUGGUACGA